UUAAUGUGCUAUUUUUCCAGGGUCAUGGUGUCAAGAUGACAGCGUGGCUGUUCUUCCUGGCGGCCGCGUGUGCCGCCGAGCCGCUGCACAGCACGCCGCGCACGCGGCACUGGCGCGGCGCCCGGCCGUUCGACAACGCGCCCCAGCACUUUGUGGGGCCGCACGUUUGCCGCAGUCGCAACAGCACGCAUUGCUGUCCAGGGUGGACGUCGAGACCUAACUCCUUACUAUGUGUAGUCCCGCUAUGUCGACCGGACUGCGGGUCGCCAGGGGCCUGCAUAGCACCCAACAUGUGCCGCUGCCCCAGCGGCGUGGAGGCGCCAUCUUGCCUACAGGGCGGCGUUUACCCUUAUCCCGUGCGGACGCGGGGCGGGUGCCGACGGAUAUGCAUGAACGGCGGCACGUGCACCAACGGGACGUGCGCGUGUGCGCCCGGCUGGAGCGGCGAGUUCUGUACUGAACCAAUCUGUCGAGAGCCCUGCCUGCACGGCGGGCGGUGUAUAGCGCCGGACAGGUGCGUCUGCUUCCACGGCCUGUCGGGGACCAGGUGCGAGAUAGACAGGAGGACAGGCCCCUGCUAUACAGAAACGAGGAAUGCCCUAUGCACGGGGGCGUUAGAAGGAGUAGUUUGUACGAAACAGCUUUGCUGCGCCACUGUCGGCGUGGCGUGGGGACACCCUUGCGAGCGCUGCGGGGACCUGGACUGUCCCACGGGACAUCUGAGGAACCUGGCCACUAAGGAGUGUCAGGAUAUAGACGAAUGUGCAGCGGUACCGGGGCUCUGCGAAGGAGGUCGCUGCGUCAACUCAAUAGGAUCCUUCUCUUGCGAAUGCCCCCCGGGGCAACGGAGACACAAACUCACCAACAACUGCGAGGACAUCGACGAGUGCGAGGACCCUGACAUCUGCCCGAACGGAAAAUGUGUAAAUACAGAAGGCGACUACUACUGCUUAUGCAAUCCGCACUUCAUACCGAGUCCAGAUAAGAAGUUUUGUAUAGAUGGUCGCGUUGGCAGUUGCUUCGCGUACAUGAGUGACACGGGCGAAUGCUCCGACCGGCUAGCGGUGUCUCUUUCCAACAGAGACUGUUGCUGCGGCUACAACAUGGGCAGGGCGUGGGGGGACCUGUGCCAGCCGUGUCCGUUGAGAGGAUCUAUUGACUGGACGCAUUUGUGCGGCGGUGGCGCUCUACCUCCGGGCUGGGGCCGCAACGGAACGGAGAGCGGCAGCGGCACCGACGACGAUGAACCGCAUUUCAUUGCUAAGAUCAACGAGUGCAUGCUGCGUAGCGGCAUUUGCGGGCUCGGCCGGUGCCUAGAUAAGGAUAAGGGAUACCAAUGUAUUUGCGACGACGGAGCGGAGCUAUCAGAGAAGGAUGGAAACCCGAUCUGUAUCGACAUCGACGAGUGCGCGCUCGACUACUGCCGAGGGGGCAACUGUGUCAACAAACCUGGUGGAUUCGAGUGCAGGUGCCCUCCUGGCUUCGAUCCAGUGGAAGGCGGCUUGAGAUGCAGCGACAAAAACGAAUGCGACAUGACGCACGGGCGUAUGUGCACCAACGGGGAAUGUGUUUUAGUUGAUGGAAGCUAUGAAUGCACGUGCAACUCCGGCUACGAGCCCACAGAGACCGGGCACGCGUGCCGCGACGUGGACGAGUGCCGCGACAACCCGCGCGUGUGUCGCCGCGGCCGCUGCCGCAACACGCCGGGCAGCUACGAGUGCCAGUGCGAGCCCGGCUUCGAGCUCACCGCGGCCGGCUACUGCGGGGAUGUGGACGAGUGUGCUCAAGGCGCGUUGUGCCAGGGCGGACGCUGCGUGAACAACGAAGGCUCGUUCCAAUGCGUAUGCGAGGCCGGAUACCGAACCACGCCGGACCGCGGCGCGUGCGUCGACGUCGACGAGUGUUCCGAGCAGCGUGUGUGCAGGAACGGGCGUUGUCAUAACACGCCGGGGUCGUUCCGGUGCGAGUGUACACCGGGCUUUACGCUUAGUAAUGAUGGCCGGACCUGUCUUGAUGAAGUGAAAGAUCUAUGUUACGAAAAGUUCGAGGAAGGGCAUUGUAGCGGGCCGGGAUCCGCCACAGUCACAAGGUCUCAGUGCUGCUGCAGUGCUUCGAAAGGUUUACACGGCUGGGGCGGUUUGUCCUGCAAAGCGUGCCCAGAGAAAGGAACCCGCGAAUUCGAAAUCCUGUGCCCUGAAGGCGCGAGCAAGGAUAAUGGCGGCUCGGACAUAAACGAGUGCACCAUGAUCCCCGGUAUCUGCGCGCACGGGGCCUGCGAGAACCUGGCCCCAGGGUACAGGUGCAUAUGCGACCCCGGCUUCCACUCCGACGGCGACGGCUGCAAGGACAUCGACGAGUGCGACAUGCACCAGUCCUUGUGCAACGGCGGGCAGUGCCGCAACACGCCUGGCAGCUUCACGUGCGUAUGUCCGUCCGGCACGCGCUACGAGCCGGACGAGCAGCUCUGCCGCGACAUAGACGAGUGCGAGGGUGAGAUCAAUUUCAUCGAGAGCGAUUAUGACCGCGGGGACAUCCCCCCCAUGUUCCCAGUCACAGAGCAAGUGAAUCCGUGCGAGAACGGACGCUGCAUCAACACGCACGGCGGCUACGAGUGCAAGUGCGAGCCCGGCUUCGUGCUCGAUGCGAGCGCUAGACAUUGUCUCGAUAACCGCCGAGGGUCAUGCUGGCGGCGCGUGGUGGACGGACAGUGCGAGGCGGCGGCGCCGGGCGCGCUGCUGCGGCAGGAGUGCUGCUGCAGCGUCGGCCUGGCGUGGGGCUCCCCCUGCGAGCCCUGCGACACCAGCGACUGCCCCUGCCCGAAGGGCUACAUCAAGUUGGAUGGGACGACAUGUCGGGACGUGGACGAGUGCGAGCUAGACCGAGACCUGUGCGGCGGCGGACGCUGCGUCAACACGGACGGUUCAUACCGCUGCGAUUGCCCUGACGGUCUUACUCUUGAUCCCACCGGCAACCGAUGUGUAGAUACGCGUCGGGAGUCGUGCUACACGGAGUACUCUGUGGGCCACUGCAGCGGUGCGCUGAGCGGCGAUGUACACAAGUCGACCUGCUGCUGUUCUGUCGUCGGACGAGCUUGGGGCAGCGCGCGGUGCGAACCCUGCCCUAAACGAGGAACAGAUGCAUUCCGCAACCUGUGCAUAUCGGAAGCCAACCUCCCCCCUAACGUCUGGAACCGUCCCGGCGGCGGCCCGUUCGGCGGAGCUUUCAAUAAUAGCGACAACUUGAACAUCAACUUCAACGGCCUCGACGACGGAUGGGGCGGGCCAGGUCGGCCUCCUGGUUACCGGGGUCCUGGCGGUCCAAAUGGUCCCUUGGGCCCCGGUGUGCACGGUGGUCCCAACGUGAUCGCGGGUCAGAUGGACGUGAACGAGUGCUCGGCGUUCCCGGGGAUGUGCGGCCAGGGCAGGUGCAGGAACACGCCUGGCUCGUUUGAGUGCGACUGCUUCCCUGGAUACGAAAAGGACGGCAAAAACCAUACGUGUGUGGACGUUGAUGAGUGCCGCAUCGUAGACGACGUGUGUGGUGCUGGUGAAUGCUUCAACACUGAGGGUGGUUUCCAUUGUCGCUGCCGGCCCGGACAUAAGGCCGACGGACUCAGCAAGGUCUGCGUCGAUAUCAACGAAUGCGUGGAAAUGCCUGAUUUAUGCCGUAACGGGCACUGCGUGAAUACGCCGGGAUCAUACCGCUGCGAGUGCGGGCUCGGCAUGGAGCUCGCGCCCGACCGGCUCUCCUGCAAGGACGUCGACGAGUGCUCACUCACAUCCGGUAUCUGCAGCAACGGCGCUUGUGAGAACCAGAUGGGAACAUACCAAUGUGUGUGCGACGAGGGCUAUGCGCAGUCCACUGUGAAAAGUCACUGCGAAGACAUCGACGAGUGCACCGAGGAUCCUACGAGAUGCCAGCAUGAGUGUGUCAACACACCCGGGUCUUAUCACUGCAUGUGCCGUGACGGCUGGCACCUUCGCGCUGACGGACGGACGUGCCGCGACAUCGACGAGUGCUCCGGCGCCCGUGUGUGCGGCGGCGGCGAGUGUCGCAACACGCCGGGCGGAUACGUGUGUUCGUGCGGCGAAGGCUUGCUGCCCGCGCCGGACCGGGCGAAGCCGACGUGCUUGGACGUGGACGAGUGCGCUGACAACCCAGACUUAUGCGGAGCGGGCGAAUGCCGGAACACCAUCGGCAGCUUUGUGUGCCGCUGCCCGGAUGGCUACAGCGUGAAGCCAGAACAAGGACCAGCUUGUACGGACGACGAUGAGUGUGAACUUGGAACUUGCGACUGCCACCCUAGCGCCGACUGCGUUAACUUGCCCGGCUCAUUCCAAUGCCGCUGUAGAGAGGGUUGGCGCGGCGACGGCAGCGAAUGCGAAGACGUGGACGAAUGCCUGACGAACAAUGGUGGCUGCCAUCCGCAUGCGACCUGCCGCAACACAGAUGGCUCUUUCAUGUGUCUGUGCGACACUGGAUAUAAGGGAGACGGUUACAUGUGUACGGACAUCGAUGAGUGCGAGAACGACCCCACAUUGUGCGAGAACGGCCACUGCUCAAACACUCCUGGCGGUUACGAGUGUGACUGUGACGUCGGCUUCACCAGGUCGCCUGACGCCACUUCAUGUCUCGACAUGGACGAGUGCGCCACAUUUGACAACGUGUGCGUGUUCGGUCGCUGUGUGAACACAUACGGCAUGUUCAAGUGUAUCUGCGACAAGGGAUACCAAUCCGACAGUGUGGAUGACUUGAUGCCCGGUUUCAAUUGCACGGACGUGGACGAGUGCAAGUCGCCGCAGUCGUGCCAGUACGGUACUUGCAUCAACACGGAUGGAUCCUACAUCUGCCGAUGCCCGCCUAAUUACGAGUUAGUUUCGGAUGGAACCGCUUGCUUCGACUCUCGUAAAGCGCGCUGCUACGGCAGAGUGGACCUCCGUUCGGGUACCGAACACUGCCUCAACGGCGACGAGCUCUCUGAAGAUGGGACCAUGGCUGCCUGCUGCUGCUCCGUGGGUGCUGCAUGGGGUAAAUAUUGCGAUCUUUGCCCGGAACCAGGCUCUGAGGCUUACCGGCAACUCUGCCCUGGCGGGCCUGGAUACCAACCCGUGCUGGAACCGCCAUCAUACGUCGUGACCCUAUCCGACAUCGACGAGUGCGCACAACACCCCGCUCUAUGCGAGCACGGAACAUGUACCAACACUUUCGGCUCCUUCGUGUGUGCGUGCGGGGAAGGCUGGGCGUUAGCGCAUGACCAGAGGAAAUGCGAAGAUAUCGACGAGUGCUUGGAGCCGGAGAUUUGUGGCCCUGGAGUGUGCAGGAAUCUGCCGGGGUCUUAUGUGUGUCUCUGUCCAGACGGAUACGUCGCCAUGCCUAAUGGAAAGGAAUGCGUUGACGUCCGCCAACGGCAAUGCUACAUGGACUGGGACCCAGACACCGAGCGCUGUUCCUCCGCCGUCGGCGUGCCCCAGACCAAGUACCUCUGCUGCUGCUCCGUGGGCCGCGCCUGGGGCGAGCCUUGCGAGGCCUGCCCGGACAAGAACUCUCGGGAAUAUUCUGUGUUCUGUGGCGCUGAGCCAGGGAACUACAGGGACCCGACUAAUAAUGAGACCAAGCCUAUUGAUGAGUGUUCGAUCAUGCCGCAACUCUGCAAGCCCGGACGAUGCGUGGACACUCCUGUUGGAUUUACGUGCUUGUGCGACCACGGUUACGAAUACGACGCGACUUCCCAUCAGUGCCGCGAUGUCGACGAAUGCGGCACGAUCUCCACUCCAUGCCGCGGCCUAGCGCAGUGCGUCAACCUGCCCGGCGCCUACGAGUGCCGCUGCCCGCCCGGGUACCGCCUGUCGACCACCCUCGAUACCUGCGAAGAUAUCGACGAGUGCGCCGACCCGAGGCUGUGUGAGCAUGGGGACUGUCGGAACACGAUCGGAUCCUUCAGAUGCGAAUGCCGCCCCGGCUUCACGCUGCGCGACGGCUCGUGCCGCGACGUGGACGAGUGCGCGCGGCCGCGCCCCAUGUGCCGCAACGGCACCUGCGAGAACCUGCCCGGCUCCCACACCUGCCACUGCGACGAGGGCUUCAAGCCUGGCGCCAACAACGACUGCAUCGAUAUAAACGAAUGCCGCGAAGGAGGCAUGGUAUGCCGCAACGGCCGGUGCCGCAACACUCUAGGCUCAUUCCGCUGCGAGUGCUCCCCUGGCUACGCGCUCACGGGCGACGGCCGGAACUGUCGCGAUGUAGACGAGUGCGCUGAAACGCCGGAGCCUUGUGGGCGAGAGGGCGAGCCGUCUUGUACUAACACUAUGGGCAGCUACGAGUGUUCGUGUGGCAAAGGCUGGCGUUUGGUGAACAAACGCUGCGUGGACCGGGACGAGUGCCGCGAGAUACAGGACGUGUGCGCCGGCGGAGACUGUCACAACUUCAAUGGCGGAUACCGAUGCGAAUGUCCCGAAGGCUGGAGCUUCUACGAAGACCUGGCAAUCUGCGUAGACGAACGUAAAGAGCUGUGCUUCGACAACUGGUCCGCCGGCCGCUGCCACGAUGCGCGCCCUCUACAGCUCUCCCGACCUGAGUGCUGCUGCUCCGACGGUGCGGCUUGGGGUCGAAGGUGCGAGCGCUGCCCUCCGCCCGAAACACCUGAGUUCCUACGCAUCUGUCAGGGCGGCAUGGGUCGACCUAAUAUCACGCAGGACCUGAACGAGUGUGAGGUCCGUCCGGACAUCUGUCGCGGCGGCCGUUGCAUCAACACGGAUGGCUCGUUCCGCUGCGAGUGCCCUGACGGAUAUCAGCUGGACGCCACCGGGCUGGCUUGCGAGGACGCAGACGAAUGCCUCGUUGACCCGCGCAUCUGCGGCAACGGGACGUGCACCAACAAACCCGGAGAGUACGAGUGUACGUGCAACCAGGGCUUCAUGCAAGGACCUGAACAGACGUGCGUGGACAUCGACGAGUGCGCCGAAGGCAUGGCGGGCUGUUCCUUCCGUUGCCACAACACGCCCGGUUCAUGGCGAUGCGUGUGCCCGUACGGGUACACGUUAGCCGCCGACGGAACACAUUGUAAAGACUUGGAUGAGUGUGCUGCUGAACCUUCGCCGUGCCCGCACGCAUGUGAGAACGUCGUGGGGUCUUACAAGUGCACAUGUCCUGAAGGUUACCGCCGAACGUCCGCCCCGCACAACGCCGAGGACGCCUGCGAGGACAUUGACGAGUGCGAGGACGACUCUCGCUGCUCGCCCGGCGUGUGCGUCAACACGGACGGCGGGUACACCUGCGACUGCGACGCCGGCUUCGAGCUCAGCGGCGAUGGCACCGCGUGCAUCGAUCGACGCACAGGCCAAUGUUACCGCUCGCUGGUCGGCGGGCGCUGCGUGCCGGAGCCGUGGCCGCGCGCCGCCGCGCCGCCCGCGCCCAGUCAGGUCACCAAAGCGAUAUGCUGCUGUACACUCGGCGUAGCGUGGGGUUCGGAGUGCGAGCUCUGCCCUCAACCAGGCACCCAAGAACGUCUCGACCUCUGCACGCCUGAGAACCUCACCCCACCAGGGCAAGGUGGUAGCCACGGAGGCAGCGGUGGUACCGGUGGUGGUGGCGGUGGCGGGGGUGGCGGCACGGGAGGGGGAGACUCCAUGGUGGCACCAGAUAUAUACGGAGAUGUGGACGAAUGUGCCGCCAUGCCAGGGCUGUGUACGCCUGGCAGAUGCGUUAAUACUAUUGGCAGUUUCCGCUGUGUGUGUCCCCGCGGCUACAAGUCAGCUGACGGUAUCUGCGUGGACAUGGACGAGUGCGCAGCGCGCCCGCCGCCCUGCGAGCAGCUGUGCCGCAACACAGAGGGUUCUUACGAGUGCCUGUGUCGCACGGGAUACGAGGUUGACGAGGACGGAGCGAACUGCCGCGAUGUUGACGAAUGUGCCGCUGGUACACACACCUGCCAACAGACCUGCACCAACACCGAGGGGUCCUACGAGUGCUCUUGCCAGGAGGGCUAUGAGAAACGCGGCGAUGCUUGUAUCGAUGUGAAUGAGUGUCUCGAGGAAGGCGUGUGUCCGUCGCCGGGCAAAUGCGUGAACCUACUAGGCUCGUACCGCUGCGUAUGUCCCCGCGGGUUCCGCUUGGACCUGGAAGGCUCGCGCUGCCUGGACCGCGACGAGUGCGCGGACGGCCGCUGCCAAUCCCCGUGCCGCAACUAUGCCGGCUCCUACCGCUGCGACUGCCCUGCUGGUACAACACGAUCGUCAAGCGGUAUCUGCGUGCCGACGGAUGCGUGCGCUAGCGGGCCUUGUGGCUCAUCGCCUUGCUUCCCCGUUGGUGGCGCCUAUCGCUGCGGAUGUCCUGGAGGUUACGGCUGGGACAGCGGACAUGGCGUGUGUCUACAGUUGGCGGGCGGCUGCGCGACUGCAAGCUGUCUCUUCGGCUGCUCAGCAUUCGGUGACUCGUACCAAUGCGGCUGCCCCACCGGCUACCAGCUGGUCGGCGCCGGACACUGUCUGACUGCACUCGACGGCGCACUACCGCCGGAUGACAUCGGAGACGCGCCCGUCUUCCCGGUGCAAGACCAGUAUAGGAUCGGAGGAAAGAAUGAGCUCAUAUCUACGGAAGGAUGCUUCAGUUGCAAGAUGAAUGGUCGCAGAAGAAGAGCACCCGAUGAAGGCAUCGUGUACGCCAACGGAACCACAGUCAUGAGGCGGCGAAGACGCCGCUCGAGACGCCGCCGCUCACUACUUGAACCCGAUGCAGAGCUGAUAGUGGUCUCCGCAUCACCUCGUCAAACAUGGGGCCGGGCGCCUCUGCUGCGGCUGCUGCCGGCCGCUGGCGGCGGGCGGGCUCACUACAGGCUAGCCUACGGAGACCCGGACAGGAACUUUGUGCUCUCGCGCCGGGACGGCGGCUGGGCGUUGAGACUGCGAAGGCACUUGAAGCCUGACGCGGUACUUGAGCAACAACUGGAGCUUGAAGCCAGAUUCGUGACGCCGCCGAGCACCGGGCGGAGACGAAGGAGUGUCGACGCGUCAGUGCCCGCGCCGCUGCGGCUCUACGUAUCGGUCAGGAUCUCACCGCCGAAGCGCUGACCGCUUCACCCUACAGUAUACGCAACUAUGCUGAAUUCCUGGGUUCGUGCUUGAUAUCGAAGAUUAGUGAGGACUAAUAUCAUUAAAAUUAACAUAAUAUUUCUCAAAAAAUAACUAAUGAUCUAAAUGCACUGCCACGCCAAUUUAGAUUUAUAUGAAGUAACAGUUGUGUGUAUGAGGAAAAUGAGUAAAUAAAUAAUAAAUAAAAUCGAUACCAUGCCAUAAUAAAUGAUAAUAAUGUUUAAUAAUAUAGUAAGGUGGAUAUUAUCGAUAAUUUUGCCUGUUUGAUGUUACCAAUUUUGUUACAUUAAUAGAAUACUUUGUACGUGUUGUUAUUGGAUUUUUUUCAUUUUUGUUAUUUUUAUUGUGAUUAUUUUUCGUCACUUUACUUCCAGUUGUUCAGAAGAAAUAUUUUAUAAGCUUUAUAACGAAUCAAAUUUAUAUAUUGUCAUUUUAGUAACAUCAUUUACGAAAGUACCUAUCCUGCUAUAUGCUUAAGUGUCUAAUCUAAUAUAUACACAUCGAAUAUAAUGAAUUUUACCUACGUAUUAAGCAAACAAAUAAACUCCCUGUUUAUCAAAUAUUUGCCCGUGCCACGCGUAAUCGCGUUCUAGAAUUUUUUUUAUUAUAUUAUUGCCUUACGCGUGUAAUGUAUUAAAUCCAGUGACACAGAUCUGUGUCGCAGGUAUCGGAUUAGCAUUUCGGCAAGUCGCUAUAGACUCGCUUAAUGACGCUUGGCACGACCGAACGCAGAAGUUAAUCCACUCGCCGGCUCCGAGCCAAGCACUUUUUACGAUAACCGGGCCGUCUCGCCAGUAUUAAUGUGAGAUUGACUGCUUAAUUAAAACUUACGAACAAUCUUAUAUGUCUCACUCGUAGUAAUGUUUAAUUCUAUUUACUACAUUACUAAACUCUAAGACAAUCUUUGAACAACUCGUUAUACUCGUAACGAACGAUAUCGAAUAUCGAUAUUAUUAUUUCUGUUUGUUUCCCAUCACUACUUCCCCAGUGAUCUGAAAUUUUUGUAUAAGGAAAUACAAAGUGUUUGAACGCUUUGUAAUUAUUUUAUUUAGAUCUAAGAAAAUUAUUUAUUUUACAUUUCCAACUUGUACGCUUGAUUUUUACUUUUUGAGCCAUUUACAUUUUAGGAUUUGUAGACUGGAUCUGUUAAGAAACCGUUGGCCUUUUACACUAGUUUUAAAAGUACAAAAAUGCAAUAAACUUAUUUUGUAAAUAUGUGUAUACAAAUUAAUAAAAAUACAUAAUAUAAUUAUUAGUCCUAAGUAGUAUUAAUUACCAGUAAGCAUGAAUGUUAAGCUUUGACAGAGCGAAUGGAAAUAAAUAUUUUUUAUUUUAA